CCUCUCAGUUUAAAUUGGCUGACCAGAGUGGAAAUCACACUUUUAGUUUGACCUAAAUGCCAGAAACACAAUGGACUGGAUAAUUACUGUGGCACUUUUCUGUUCAGUGCUAAAAGCUGCAGUCGGCUUUAACGUUGAUUCUGGGGCUUGGAAAACCCUGACAGAAAAUGAUGAAAGUUUUGGCUACCAGGUGGUGCAAAGACAAUCAGAUCUGCUUGUCAGCGCCCCACUACUACAGUAUGAAGGGAAUAAAAGGGGACGGAUAUAUCAGUGCAACACAGGAGGCAGUUGCAGCAAUCUUGUUGCUCUAGAGCAAAGACCUGCUGUCAACAUGUCUCUUGGUUUGGCGAUGGCAAAUGAUCCGUCAACACGAAACACAAUGGUCUGUGGUCCAACCAUUCCCAGAGACUGCAAAACUAUCACCAUGUACAACGGUUUGUGCUAUGAGAUCAAUCGAUCUAAUACGUUUGUAAAGUCUUACCCGUCUGCGACUGAAGAGUGUCGAACCCAAGCUGACAUUGCAUUUCUGCUGGAUGGCUCAGGCAGUGUAGCUCCCAGUGAUUUUAGCAGAAUGAAAGAAUUUGUGAAAAAUAUGAUCAGAUUAUUCCUGGGAAGAGAUACACAGUUUGCCAUCACCCAGUUUUCUUAUUAUCCAACAACACAUUACUACUUUAAUACUUUUAGCACUUUCAACUGGGAAUCUCAAAUUAACAACAUCCGUCAAUUUGGUGGAGGAACAUAUACAGCUGGAGCCAUACAAAAUGUUGUGGAUGAUGUCUUCUCACCACAAAGGGGUUCCAGGUCAAAUGUGAAAAGAAUUUUAAUAGUGAUUACAGAUGGACAGUCUCAUGAUCGCAGUCAAUUACCAGCAGCAACACAGUCAGCUGAUCAAAAAAACAUUCUUCGAUUUGCUAUUGGGGUGGGGAGCGCAUUCACAUCUUAUAAUGCAAAACAAGAGCUCAGAACGAUUGCAUCUCAACCUGCUGACAAUUUUGUGUUUGAAGUGGGAAGCUUUGAUGCUCUUGACAAAAUACGGGACAACUUGCAGGCCAAAAUUUUUUCCAUUGAAGGAUCGCAAAGUGGUGGAGAGACGCUGAAACAGGAAAUGUCUCAAGAAGGCUUCAGAGCAGCUUAUGUGUCUGGGUAUAUUCAGAUGACUAUGGUUGGUGCUAACCAGUGGAAAGGAGGCUACAAGAAAUACUUGCUUAGUAAUGUUUUAAACAACGUCACAUUUGAGCCAUCGUCCAUUGAGCCUGACAGUUACCUUGGUUAUUCCAUGGCUGUUGCUAAAACCGUUUAUGGUCCUCUGACAAUUCUUGGUGCUCCAAGAAAUGAACACAAAGGAGUUGUUAUGACAGCUUUCAAUGAACAACUUAGAGAUCAAAUCAGACCCUUUGAAUCACAGACUGGUGAAUAUUUUGGGGCUGAGGUUUGUGCCAUGGAUGUGGAUUCUGAUGGUGUGACUGAUCUAAUCCUCAUAUCCUCUCCGAUGUACAAAGACGUUGAUAGAGAAGGACGAGUUUAUGUCUGUGAAUUAAAUCGNGAAGAAGAUUCUAGAUUGACUUUGAUGUCCAAAGGACAUUUAACUUUGGACGCAAAUCGUAAGAUACCAAACAACCGAGCUGAGAUCAGCCAGGAUGUGAGGCACAAGAGUGGAUCGCUUAAUCUUAUAUUAAAUAGGAAAAACUGCGCUUAUGUGGACUUCAGAAUUGAGUCUUGUCCAGAAGAUGCUCUCAAUCCACUCAAUAAUGAGCUCAGAUUCAUGUUUGAUGGUUUGUCUUCUGGCUCAAACCCCAGACCAAGCCUUUCUCCACAGGUUAAAACCACAACAUUUCAUCCUAUUGGGUUUGAGAUCAGCUGUGGAGCUGAUGAAGUGUGUGAAGAUAAUCUGAAGGUGGAUUUUAACUUCACCGAAUCCUCAGUGGUUAAAGUCGGCAUAGAUGAACUUUUGAGUGCGACCGUCUUUGUGGAGAACAGAGGAGAAAACUCGUACAACAGUCGCAUUACUCUCACAUACCCUGUUGGGCUCUCCUACAGGAAGGUUACACCUCUGGAAGGAAGAAUUGAGUGCAACUCUGUGGACAGUGAGGAUGGCGUAACAAGAGGAAAGACAGUCUGUAGCAUCAACAAACCAAUAUUCAAAAGCAACUCUAUGGCAACCUUCAUCGUCUCCUAUGGUUUCAACACCAACAGUGAUCUUGGUAGAAAGAUCGAAGUGACGGCGAACGCCUCCAGUGACAAUAAGCGUCACUCCCCUUCUAGUGAAGUCUACAAAAAACAGGAGAUUGAUGUCAAGUACAGUAUUUUUGUCACAAUUGAAAGCUCCCCCAGCUACACCAAUUUCACAUUUGGAGAAAAUGCUGUUCAGAAACCACUUGAGCAAAAAAUAAAGGUUUUUAACACGAUCAGACCACUAAAUUUAACUGUAGUGAUCAAAGUUCCUGUAAGACUUGGUGACAAAGACAUCUGGAUGGACACGAGCAGCUUUCAGAUUCCAGGCUGUCAGAGCAGCAGAGAUGAAGAACCUACUGUCACUGAUCUUGUUAAGACAAUAAAAGAAAAGAAAAUAUUGGACUGCACUGUAGCAAAGUGCAGAGUGUUCAGGUGCUCCAAGUUCAUGGAAAGGAACAAGGACACAACGUACACCAUCUCUGCAAACAUCAGCUCAGGAUGGAUAGAACAGAUCGGACUUUCAUCUGCCAAGUUCCUCCUGACCAGUACAGCCAGUCUAGAGUACGAUGAGAACCAGUACAUCUUCUUCUCUACAACUUCUAAUAGUGGCCCUCCUGUUCACCAGAUUGAGGCAGAGGUAGAAGUGUUUCCUAAACCAGAUUUCACUAAAGAGAUUAUAGGAGGAUCUCUGGGAGGAUUGGCCUUUCUGGCUCUACUUACUGCUGGUCUGUAUAAGGCUGGAUUUUUCAAGAGCAAAUAUAAGGACAUGAUUAAUAAAAAUGCAGAAGCUGAAGGAGGCGCACCAGCAGAGGGAUGAAAUUCCCACUUACUUGUCAUGUCCAUCCAGUACCUCUGUACAGAAACUAUUGCUGAUCAAUUUAUUCAGGCUUUUCCUUCAACUGAUACACACUCCUGUACUUCUCCGAGUGAUUUAAUGGACAAUUUUAUUUUUAAAAUUGAGAAAGUUAUUGAUACUAUUGCUCCCGUUGCAACAAAAGUAAUCUCUGCGAAUCAUAAACCACGUUGGAGAAAUUUUGAGUCGAAGAGUGCCAAAAAGAACAAUGUCAGUGGGGUAAAAGUAAACUACUAGUCUAUUUAGAUAUCUACAAACUCAAAAAUUUUUAUUUUGAACUGAGAAAUGCUGGACAGCUUUUUUUUUUUUCAAAAAAUCUCUAUCAACAACUCUCGUGCUCCAUAUCCAUUGUUGACAGGUUGACAAAUCCACCUUCUUCUAUUAAAGAUGAUUUUUUUUCUCUUCUGAGGACUGUCUGAGGUCAAAUUUGCCACUUUUUAUAUAAACAAAAUUGUGAAAAUAACAACAUGCUUUAAGCUGCUUGAAGGCUAAAAAAGUGUCUGUGCUUGACAAAACCAUGUAAAUAGCUUUGUUUAGAAAUAAAUAAUAUAUG